UGUAGCCAAGGAGAAUAACAAUGCCUCGGAAGGACGGAUAGGAUGUCAAGUAAAAUAUCAGAAUGGGCCUCACACCUCAAAAUAGAGGCCUGAUCCAAUACAAUUUAGUAGUAUGAGAAGCAAUCCUUUCCUCUCCAUCCACUUGAAGAAUGGCUUCUGCCUCUUUGCCACCCAAAACCGCUCCUUCCUUCUCCUCAGACGAUUCCGACACCGAUAGCAGCAGCAGCAGCAGCUCCAUCGCUGGAGCAGCGAAAACCAUAAAUAUCUCCUCCCUCGAAGAAUCCAUCUUCCAAACCUACCUCCAAACCUCAGGCAUUUCCUCCCAAGCUGACCUCUCCAAGAUCCGAUCCUUCCUCCUUUCCUCCCGAACCGGCGCCCUCUCCUGCCUGAUCUGCCUCGAGCGCAUCCGCCCCGCCGACCCUGUCUGGUCAUGCUCCUCCAGCUGCCAUGCCGUCUUCCACCUUUUCUGCAUUCAGAGCUGGGCCCGCCAGGCCUCCGCUCUCGACGCCCAGCGUUCCGCUGCCCGCCUCUCCCGCGACCACUUCCCGUCCGCUCCCGUUUCCUCCAACUGGCACUGCCCCAAAUGCCGGGCCGUCUACUCGCUCUCCGCCAUCCCUCGCACCUACCGCUGCUUCUGCGGGAAAUUGGAGGAUCCGCCCGCUGAUCCCUGGAUCCUCCCUCACUCCUGCGGCGAGAUCUGUGGUCGACCUCUCAGUGGCAAUUGCGGCCACGAUUGCCUGCUCUUGUGCCACCCAGGCCCCUGCCCGCCCUGCCCGAAGCUCGUCCGGAGCCGUUGCUUCUGCGGCUCUGUUGAAGACGUCCGGAGAUGCGCGCUCAAGGUUUUCUCCUGUAGUGGGCCCUGCUCAAAGCUCUUGGCUUGCGGGAUCCACCGCUGCUCACACAAGUGCCAUGACGGGCCCUGCCCCCCCUGCCGGGAGAAGGGGAUCCACCGCUGCCUCUGCGGUAAGACGGAGGAGGAGAGAGAAUGCUGCGGGAGUGUAUUCCAGUGCGAGAGCCCAUGUGGUGCAAUGCUUGGGUGUGGGAAGCAUGCGUGCGGGCAGGGGUGCCAUUCCGGCCCAUGCGGUGACUGCCCCCUUCAGGGGAAGCGGUCUUGUCCUUGUGGCAAAAGAGAGUAUGUUGGGGUGUCUUGCGAUGUGCCCGUACCCACGUGUGGGUCCACUUGUGAGAAGAUGCUGAGCUGUGGCCUUCAUAGAUGCCCUGAACGGUGCCAUCGUGGUCCUUGUGUCGAGACUUGCCGUACGGUUGUAAUGAAGUCUUGCCGGUGUGGGAGCUUGAAGAAAGAGGUACCGUGUUAUCAAGAUCUAGUCUGUGAAAGAAAAUGUCAGAAGGUACGGGAUUGUGGGCGCCAUGCUUGUAAACGCCGCUGUUGUGAUGGGGACUGCCCAUCUUGCUCAGAGAUUUGUGGCAGGAAGCUUCGGUGUAAUAACCAUAAAUGCCCUUCUCCAUGCCACAGGGGUGUCUGUGCUCCUUGUCCGUUGAUGGUUUCCAUUUCGUGUUCAUGUGGGGAAACACACUUCGAGGUUCCUUGUGGGACUGAAGCACAACAAAAGCCACCAAGAUGCUCCAAACCCUGUCAUAUUUCUCCAUUGUGCAGACAUGGCUCAAGGUGCAAGUCACACAGGUGUCAUUAUGGAGCAUGCCCACCCUGCCUUCUAAUUUGCGAAGAAGAAUUCACAUGUGGUCAUAAAUGUCAACAAAGGUGCCAUGGUCCUAAGCCUGCUCCUAAUCCACAAUUCACACUGAAACCGAAGAAAAUAAAAUCAAAUCAACAGCCCAAAUGUUCCCCUGGGUCACCAUGCCCUCCUUGUCAAGAACUUGUUUGGAGAUCAUGCCUUGGCCAACACAUCGGAGCAGAACGGCUGAUGCUGUGCUCUGCUAAAGCAACAUUUGCCUGUCAGAACUUAUGUGGAAACCCUCUUCAAUGUGGCAAUCAUUAUUGUGAGAAACCUUGCCAUGUCCUGAAUAAUCGGUCCUCAACCUUGGAUGUGUGUGAAAGUUCUCAAAAGCAAAUUAUAGCAGCCACUGAUACUGGGAAAAUUGAGUUCAUGGAGUCUUGUGAUGAGUGCUUUCUUCCUUGUCAAAAGGAGAGAAAGCCUACAUGUCCACACCCCUGCCCGCUACCUUGUCAUCCUGGAAGCUGUCCACCUUGUAAAGUACUUGUUAAGCGAGCCUGUCAUUGUGGUUCUAUGGUCCAUGUUUUUGAGUGCACAUACUACAACAACAUGCUUGCCAAGGAGCAACAAAGUAUGCGUUCAUGUGGCGGUCCCUGCCAUAGGAAGCUACCAAACUGCUCACACCUUUGUCCUGAAAUAUGCCAUCCUGGUGAAUGCCUGUCACCUGAGAGAUGUAGUAAAAAGGUGGUUGUUCGUUGUGCAUGCCAAAAUUUGAAAAAGGAGUGGCUGUGUCAAGAUGUUCAAGCCGCACACUGUAAUGCUGGUCGAAAUCCCAGCAAUAUCUCAAAAAAUCAGUUUGGGCUUGGACUUCUUCCAUGCAAUUCAGAGUGUGCAGGUAAACUGAAGGCGAUAGGCUCAGAAUUACAGUUCCGCAAAACUAAAGUUAUUGAGAGUAAGGUUGCAGAUAGUGGACAUGUGCCAAAGCGUAAAAAGAGACGUGAGCGGGUACAAGAUGCAUCUGGUCACAUUUCAAAAUGGAAGGCAAUCGGUGCGACCUUGUGGAAAUGUUUUGUGUUUAUUGUUGUAGUUGUAGCAGUAGUUGCAGCUGCAUACUAUGGUUACAAGGGUCUCUUUUGGCUAUCUGAUUGGAUGAACGAGAUUGAGGAAAGAAGACAAAGGAAGAGAUUUCCAAGAAUUUGAUCAUUUAUAGGAUGCUUAUCUUUUGGUGUAAGCCAAAAAACAAAAAAACAAAAAUCCAAAGUUUUCUUUAUGUAGAUUUAAUUCUUUUUCUUUUUUUUUCUUAUUCAUUCAAUCAUUGGGUUGGUGGUUCUUUAUCUAGGUAUUUCACUUAAGAUACUAUAUGAUACUGGCCCAAGAAUAUCUACUGUAUGCCCAGGUUUCACUUUCUGCAAGCGGGGUACAGGGUUCAGUGAUUCAAAACAUUGAUAUUAUGGGCCCAACCAUGGACACCCCAAACACAAAGGAUCUCCCAGAUUGGAAAAUAACGCAUCAAAAUAGUUUUCUUGUUUUU